CUCCCAGGAGAGAUCCACAGCUCUGAGCCCGCGCUACCAGCCACAAGGAGGUAAUCUGCGAUCAGAUCAAUCACGCUGCUGCAGAGCGCUGAAGCCUCUACCUGUUGCUGACCUCAGUGGCUGCACACCUCCCCCUGGGCUCAUUGCUCCAGCUGCUUGGAGGAGAAAUCCUUUAUCGGCUUUGUAGGGGAAUUGUUCUGUCACUUCUGAGGCACAUCGCUGAAGACUCCCAACACUAAUUCAGCCCAGGAUGGUCUUUGUUUUCUCCAUGGAGCUUAAUGCAGGUGUUCAUCUAUGAACCUGUGAGGUCAUAGCCAUCUAACAGCAGCAUCAGCACCAGAGGAGUUCACCAGCAGUCAGACCAUGGACCUUAGAUUUAGACGGCUGUCACCUCUCACCGGGGCAGCUCUUCAUCUCCUGCUGCUGGCCAGGCUGGUGCUUCCUUCUCACACAGAGAGCAUGCCCAGCUUCAUCAAGUCCCCCGAGGAUCAAACGGGGAUUUCGGGAGGAGUGGCGUCGUUCGUAUGCCAGGCGGUGGGUGAGCCCAAACCCCGUAUCACCUGGAUGAAGAAGGGGAAGAAAGUCAGCUCCCAGCGCUUUGAGGUGAUUGAGUUUGACGACGGCUCAGGCUCGGUGCUGCGCAUCCAGCCGCUGAGGACCCACCGCGAUGAGGCCAUCUAUGAAUGCACAGCCACCAACAGCGUGGGAGAGAUCAACACCAGCGCCAAGCUCACUGUCUUAGAGGAGGACCAGAUACCACACGGCUUCCCCACCAUAGACAUGGGGCCCCAGCUGAAGGUUGUGGAGAGAACGCGUACAGCUACAAUGCUGUGUGCAGCCAGUGGAAACCCCGAUCCAGAGAUCUACUGGUUCAAAGAUUUCCUGCCUGUGGAUAUUAGCAGCAGCAACGGGCGCAUUAAGCAGCUGCGAUCAGGAGCACUUCAGAUUGAAAACAGCGAGGAGUCAGACCAGGGCAAAUAUGAGUGUGUGGCUGUCAACAGCGCUGGGACUCGUUAUUCGGCUCCGGCUAACCUUUAUGUUCGAGUUCGCCGUGUGCCUCCUCGUUUCUCCAUCCCCCCCACCAAUCACGAGGUGAUGCCCGGCGGCAGCGUCAACCUGACCUGCGUGGCAGUCGGCGCUCCCAUGCCUUAUGUUAAGUGGAUAAGCGGUGAAGUGGAGCUGACCCGGGAGGAUGAGAUGCCCAUUGGCCGCAAUGUACUCGAGCUCACCAACAUCCGCCAAUCUGCCAAUUACACCUGUGUGGCCAUAUCCUCCCUGGGCAUGAUCGAGACUACAGCUCAGAUCACAGUCAAAGCUCUUCCCAAGAUGCCCGCUUCCCUCACUGUGACAGAAACCACAGCCACUAGUGUUACCCUAACCUGGGACUCUGGAAACCCAGAACCUGUGUCCUACUAUGUGAUUCAGUACCGUGCCAAAUUAUCCGAGAAUGGUUUCCAGGAAGUAGAUGGUGUAGCCACGACACGGUACAGCAUCGGUGGCCUCAGCCCCUUCUCCGAAUACGAGUUUCGUGUCAUGGCUGUGAACAACGUUGGCCGGGGGCCUCCCAGCAGCAUCGUGGACACUCGAACAAGCGAGCAGGCCCCCUCAUCGCCACCUCUUCAUGUCCAGGCACGCAUGCUGAGCUCCAGCACCAUGCUGGUCCAGUGGGAACCUCCAGAGGAGCCCAAUGGCCAAAUCCGGGGAUAUCGGGUCUACUACAGCUCAGACCAUGAAGCACCGCUCAGCGCCUGGCAGAAACACAACACAGAUGACAGCCAUUUCACCACCAUCUCAGGCCUGGCAACAGAUAUCACCUACAGCCUGAGGGUGCUGGGCUUCACCUCUGUGGGAGACGGGCCUCCCUCUGAUGCUCUGCAGAUCAAAACCCGGCAGGGAGUUCCAGCUCAGCCGUCUGACUUUGAGGGUGAGGCUGAGCUGGACUCACGCAUCAUGCUGUCGUGGCUUUGGCCUGUCCAGGAACCCAUCAUUAGCUUUGAACUGGUGUACUGGGAGGCCAACAAUCCCACAGACAAGCACCGCGUCACUUUCGAUGCAGCGGGCUCCUAUGCAGUUGAUGGUCUGAAGCCAGACACACUGUACAUGUUCUCCCUGGCAGCUCGAUCUGAAAUGGGCUUAGGCGUCUUCACUCAGCCUAUUGAAUGCAGGACCGCUCAGUCCACCCCAUCAGCCCCACCCCAGGAAGUACAUUUGCUCAGCCUCAGUUCCACCAGGAUCAAGGUGAGUUGGGUGGCCCCGCCCACAGACAGCCAGCAUGGAGAGAUUGUGGGCUACUCCGUAGCCUACCAAGCGCUUACGGGAGAAGACCAGAAACGCCACCAGGUGUCAGGGAUUGGUGCUGAUGUCACCAGCUACGUUUUGGAGGACCUGGAGAAGUGGACGGAGUAUUUGGUGUGGGUGAGGGCUCACACAGAUGUUGGGCCAGGUCCAGAGAGCUCUGCAGCUCGAGUCAGAACCAAGGAAGAUGUGCCUGGAGCUCCUCCCAGGAAAGUAGAGGCAGAGGCCCUGAACUCUACUGCCCUCAGGGUGACCUGGAAGCCCCCACUGUCUGUAAAACAGCACGGCCAGAUCAGAGGAUACCAGCUGGUUUACUCCAGGCUAGAGAACGGGGAGCCUCACGGCCAGCCGGUCAUUAUGGAUGUCUCCUUCCCUGAAGCCCAGGAGGCAAUUAUAACAGGUCUUCUCCCGGAAACGACCUAUUCUGUGACUGUGGCUGCGUAUACGACCAAGGGUGAUGGAGCUCGCAGCAAGGCCAAGGUGGCCACCACCACAGGAGCAGUACCUGCAAAGCCUACCAUGAUGAUCAGUACUACAAUCGGGAAUACCGCUCUGAUCCAGUGGCAGCCCCCUAAAGAAAUGGUGGGGGAGCAUAUGGGAUACCAACUGCAGUACAAGAGAGUAGAGGAGGAAGCUUUCACCGUCAAACACUUCAAGAAGACAGAUGAUCAUUUCACAGUCACCGGCCUCCACAAGGGAGCUGUCUACAUCUUCAAACUGUGUGCCAAGAACCGAGCAGGCACCGGGGAGGAGUAUGUAAAGGAGAUCAGCACCCCUGAGGACAUUCCCAGCAGCUACCCGCAAAAUCUGAGCGUGGUUGGCCUAACUGCUACUUCCACUAAACUGGCCUGGGACCCCCCUCCUUUGGCUGAGAGAAAUGGGAAGAUUGUGAAGUACACGGUGAUGUAUCGAGACAUUAACAGCCCAAACAACAGUACCAACAGCACCACAGAUACACACAUGACCGUCCAGGGUUUGCAGCCUGACACAACCUAUGAUAUAAGAGUCCAAGCUUUCACCAGCAAGGGCGGAGGACCUAUCAGCCCCAGCAUCCAGAGCAGGACCAUGUCCACCUCCAUGCCAGAUCUUCCCUCAGUGUUUACCAAGAACUUUGGUGUGAAGGCUGUGACAAAAACCUCCGUCCUGCUGACGUGGGAAGUGCCAGAAACCUACAAAUCUCAAGUGCCUCUCAAGAUUCUGUACAACCAGCAGAGUGUGGAGGUUCAAGGCAACCUGAAGAGGAAGCUGAUCACACAGCUGCAGCCAGACACCGAUUAUUCCUUUGUGCUCAUGAGCCGGGGGAACAGCGCCGGCGGCCUCCAGCAGCAGGUCUCCAUCCGAACGGCUCCAGACCUGCUGACGGCGAAACCGGCUCGAUACCACAUAGACGUGGAGGAAGGCGGUAAAGUGACUAUCAGCCUGCCGAAGGUCCCCGCUGGAGCGGCUGUCAGGUGGUACUACAUAGUGGUUGUCCCUGUCACUCCAGCUUCUCUGAGGAGAUGGGCAAACCCUGAAGACAUGGACAUACAAGAGCUCCUGGAGUCCGGUGCUGACAGCAGUCUGCAGAGAAGGAAAAGACAGAGCAAUGACUUCCUGCAGCCCUACAUCGCUGCCAAGCUGGAUACUCUCCCCGAGACCUUCACGCUGGGUGAUGAAAAGAAAUACAAUGGCUUCUACAACAAGCCGCUCCCUGGACAGCAGCAGUACCGCUGCUUCGUUUUGGCUGACCUGACGGCCCACGAGUCUCAGAGGACGUUUGCAGCCAGCCCUUUCUCUGAUCCCUACAUGGUGAAGCUCAGCGGGGUCAUUCGACAACCACAGGAGGACCCAGAGAUGCUGUGGGUGAUGGGUCCAGUGCUGGCAGUCAUCCUGAUCAUCAUCAUAGUCAUCGCUAUAUUACUCUUCAAAAGGAAACGAACAUCUCCAGCCAAGGAUGAGCACAUGGCCGGAGUGAAGGACUCACUGUUGGCCCACUCUUCAGACCCUGUGGAGAUGAGGAGACUCAACUACCAGACACAAGGGAUGAGGGAACAUCCUCCCAUCGCUGUUUGUGACCUGGCUGACCACAUCGAGAGACUCAAGGCCAACGAUGGUCUGCACUUCUCUCAGGAGUACGAGUCUAUUGAUCCAGGACAGCAGUUCACCUGGGAGCACUCCAACCUGGAGGUCAACAAGCCAAAGAACCGCUAUGCAAAUGUUAUUGCUUACGACCACUCCAGGGUCAUCCUCACACCUGUGGAUGGAGUUCCAGGUAGUGACUAUAUAAAUGCCAACUACAUUGACGGGUAUAGGAAACAGAAUGCUUACAUCGCCACCCAGGGCCCGCUGCCGGAGACACUAAGUGACUUCUGGAGGAUGGUGUGGGAGCAGAGGACGUGCACCAUCGUUAUGAUGACCCGCCUGGAGGAGAAGUCACGGGUGAAGUGUGACCAGUAUUGGCCCAGUAGAGGCACAGAGACAUACGGGAUGAUUCAGGUGACCAUGCUGGACACACUGGAGCUGGCAACAUACAGUGUGCGCACAUUUGCCCUCUAUAAGAACGGCUCGAGUGAAAAAAGAGAAGUUCGACAGUUCCAAUUUCUGGCUUGGCCCGACCACGGAGUGCCUGAGUAUCCCACCCCAACACUGGCCUUUCUACGCAGAGUCAAGUCCUGCAACCCUCAAGAUGCCGGACCCAUGGUGGUUCACUGCAGUGCCGGUGUGGGCCGGACAGGCUGCUUUGUUGUGAUCGACGCCAUGCUGGAGAGGAUGAAACACGAGAAGUCGGUGGACAUAUACGGUCAUGUGACGUGCAUGCGAGCUCAAAGGAACUACAUGGUGCAGACAGAGGAUCAGUACAUAUUCAUCCACGAGGCCCUGCUGGAAGCUGCAAUCUGUGGCAACACAGAAGUCCCUGCCCGCAACCUUUAUGCCCACAUCCAGAAGCUCACCCAGGUCCCCCCUGGAGAAUCUGUCACCGCUAUGGAACUGGAGUUUAAGAAACUGGCCAACUCUAAAGCACAUACCUCAAGAUUCAUCAGUGCCAACCUGCCGUGCAACAAAUUCAAGAACCGCCUGGUGAACAUCAUGCCUUUCGAGUCUACUCGCGUCUGCCUGCAGCCGAUCAGAGGGGUGGAGGGCUCUGACUACAUCAAUGCCAGCUUCAUCGACGGGUACAGGCAGCAGAAAGCCUACAUGGCCACACAGGGCCCGUUAGCCGAGACCACAGAGGACUUCUGGAGAAUGUUGUGGGAGCACAACUCCACCAUCGUAGUGAUGCUCACCAAGCUCCGAGAGAUGGGACGGGAAAAGUGCCAUCAGUACUGGCCCGCCGAGCGCUCUGCACGUUAUCAGUACUUUGUUGUGGACCCCAUGGCUGAGUACAACAUGCCUCAGUACAUCCUGCGAGAGUUCAAAGUCACCGAUGCCCGGGAUGGUCAGUCAAGGACCAUCAGGCAGUUUCAGUUCACCGAUUGGCCGGAGCAAGGAGUGCCAAAAACCGGGGAGGGAUUCAUCGACUUCAUCGGCCAAGUCCAUAAAACUAAAGAGCAAUUCGGACAAGAUGGACCAAUCACUGUUCACUGCAGUGCUGGUGUUGGGAGGACUGGUGUGUUCAUCACCCUGAGCAUCGUCCUGGAGAGGAUGAGGUACGAGGGAGUGGUCGACCUCUUCCAGACCGUCAAGACUCUCCGAACUCAGAGGCCGGCCAUGGUGCAGACAGAGGAUCAGUACCAGCUGUGCUACCGGGCUGCUCUGGAGUACCUGGGAAGCUUUGAUCACUAUGCAACAUAACCCUACCCAGAAAGAUGCCCUCAGAGGAGAUUUGUGUCUCCUCUGAGUCACAUCUACUCUGCUCCAUUGGCCUCUGCAGGCUGAUGAGGAGGCUCUGAAGAGGACUGAUGAGGAGAUGACCACAGCAGGAAUCAGGAGAGAUUAACGGAAAGAGGAGAGGCGGUUUGAUGACCUCCCCCUCCUGGACUGGUGCCAUGAUUCUGCCACAGACCCCACACAAAACCUCCCGAAAACAAACCGUGAAAGACUCGUACUGUACUCACGCCUCAUUCUGAUUCCCGCCACUCCCCAAUUUCUGCCUCCUCUAAAUAGCAAAAACUAUUUUUCUGCUACUUUCAUUUAUAUCCAUCAUUACUAUGUUGUUAGCCAUCAUUAGUUUAUUUUGUGAACACUUACAUUGGUUAUUAUAUGUCUUAAUAGAUCUUUUCUUAAUUUGCCUAUCUUAUUUUUCUUAUUUUUAAUAGAGGACAUGUAUUUUCAACAUGUUCCAAGUCAUUAAUACUGGACGCCGUAUACUCACAGCUGCUAAUGAAUUUUUUAUUUUAUACCACAGAUAUGAUAUUCUGUAUAAUGUUUAUUGUUAUUUGGUUGGUCUUAUUUAGAGGGAGAAUGAUGAUAUUUACCAGACAGAUCAAAUGAGCAGAUAAGGUUUGUGACCUGCAGUAUGAAAUAAAUUACAGCUAUAAAUGUGCAAAGACUCAUCACAUCCUGAAGACCUGCAAGCAUGUACAGAGUUUCUUAUCAUUAACUAAUGUUCUCAGUCUUCAGAGAUCUGGAGACUUUCAGCUAAGGAAUAAUGAAGCUGUUGGAAAGGUUGUGGACUCAGGUAGACCAACACAGUGUUCGCCAGUUUUUUGUGAAGCAAGUGUGACGUCAAAUACAGAAAUCAUGCUCCACACAUAAAAAAAAAGAAAGAAAUUCUGAUAUCAAGAGAGAAUCUGCCUUCAUGUUUUAUUCAGAGCAUUAAUACAAUAGUUAAAUUACAUUUCAUUUUUAUGGCCCCAGCUCACAACAGAAAUUGUCUCAAGGUCCUUCAUAUUAUAAGGUAAAAACAGAAGAGAACCCAGCAAUCAGUCACAUACUGCUACCCACCGGGAGGAUGAGGGGAAAGAGAGACCACGAACAACAAGUAGAACAAAAGACAAAUUAUGAGCCGACAAUAUACUGUGCUGAAUUUUAAUAAGAUUGGUUUUGUUGCUUAUCCUUGAAGGAUUGGCUUCAUGCUUUAUUUCUGUUACUGUCAGCAAAUGCUGUGAAAAGACCAACAGCAGCAGGGUGCACAGGUUCCACACUGGUGCAGCGUGGGGAAAAGAAUCUGAGAAUCAAGUCACAAUCAUUGCUAUCAUGAGCUCUUUGUGUCCGGGCUGUGAUCAGCUGCUGUCGCUGCUCCAGUAUUCACUGCUCUUUGUGAGUUUGCACCCAUGAAUUCAGAAAGAAAUAAGCUGAUGUUAAUUGAGUUAUUGUGGCUGAUUUCCAACCACUAGACACUAUAAAGGUGGAAUUGACUGGCAUCACCUUCAUCAUUACCUUACAUAUAAUUUGAGCUCUGCUACCUUUGAUGCAAACUUCACACUGAUCUUGAACGCUGCAACGUGCAUUACUGUGAACCUCACCAGAGCACUGCAAACUAACCUGUUUAAAUAACACAAAUUUAGCAUACUUCAAUUUGUUUUGCAGGAUGUUUCACAAUAUGAAAAGACAUAACUACACUGUAUGUACUGAUCCAGUAUGAUUAAAUAAACUCUAAAAUGACUUUACAUAUAAGCGGUGGCUAUGCCAUGUUGCACAAAAGACAUGAGAUGAGUGUUUCCACUCUGAAGGAGCAACAGAAAUCUGCAGAGUUAAUUUUUAUUGUUAAGUCAGAGUUUGGGUUAAAAUAGAUAUGUUUAUAAUAUGAAGCACAUGUUACAAAACUCAGCUUUAGAACUCAUUAUGGGUUAAUACCAUUUUAAGCUUGUUGCAGGGGGACACUUGAAAUGGCAGGAGCCUUAUAGAGGCUCAACUAAAGCUCAGCUAGAUCGCAGACACAUUCGGGGCUAAUCUGGGACACAUAGAGGCCUCAGUUUCAGGACUGGUUGGUCCUGUGUGGACCAAACAUGGACCAAGAGUCAUGAGCUGGACUUCACGAGUUACUGUGAGUGUUGUGUCCAUAUGAGGGGAAUCUGUGGCUGAACUGAGCCAACCAGACUUCAGGAAAAUUGCAUGUGGGCCACAUUGGGCCAAACAUUUACUGCUGUCUGGGUAUGAGAAAUAAGGACUUUUUUAACUGUAAAUCAUGCAAAGCUCUCAGUGGAUUUCAAGCUAAAAAAAAAAAGGGAAAUGGUGCUGAAAAUAAGCUGAAUAUGCCCUCCGUUAACAUUAGGCGUAAGUUACUUUGCCCACCUGAAAAUGCUCUCUGUCAUAUAGCCUGGUUUCUGACGCUCACACUCAUUUCACAAAAAUUCUCAACAUUGUGUUGGUACAAAACAGCCCGGCUGUUGUAGAGCACACUGAGUAUGGACUCUGACAUCCUACAGUACAAGAAAGUCAUAUCCCCCACAUAUUCACUCAUCUUAUGACCUCCAGGAUGCCCAAACAUUUAAACUGGAUCCCAUCACAGAUCACUCACCUCUUUUAUCACUGUGUUGCAGACUCAGAGAACAGCAUCACUGAUGCUUCUCUGUGGUUUUCACUGAAAGAUAUAGCGAGGUGGUUUUUGGAUGACGUGGACCACUUAAAGGAUUCAUUUCAUAUAGUUGUGCUGUAGGGGUCCUAACUGUUGUAUAAACGAUCUGUUUUCUAUUAAAAGCAGAGAAAAAAAAUGUCUUCAAAAUCUUGAUGUUAAUAAAGUUGAAUUGUUGGGUUUUUCAUAUAAAA